CUCCGCGGCGGCCCCAGAUCCAGGCCCCAGAUCCAGGCCGGGCCGCGGCUCUCGCCGCCCAGCCCAGCCCAGCCCGGCCUGGCCCGGCCCUGCCGCGGAGGCGAGGCCGCCAGUGUCCCGCGCCCCUGAUACCUGCAGUGAGCCUGGUAUCUGCCUCUGCUCCUCUGAGCCUGUUCCUUUUCCCUGAGUACAGGGCACAAAGCUGGCGCCCUGAGGAGCGGCAGGCGCGCUCCCCGGCCCGGUCCCCGCCCGGCCCCGGGCCCCCCGCCCCGGGGCCGGGGCCCCUGCAGCCGCCGCCUUCCGACCCCUGCGCCCCGGCCCCGGUUCCCCGGGCCAUGCAGCCUCGGCCCCGCGGACGCCCGCCGCGCAUCGGAGGAGAUGAGGCUCCGCAAUGGCACCUUCCUGACGCUGCUGCUCUUCUGCCUGUGCGCCUUCCUCUCGCUGUCCUGGUACGCGGCACUCAGCGGCCAGAAAGGCGACGUUGUGGACGUUUACCAGCGGGAGUUCCUGGCGCUGCGCGAUCGGUUGCACGCAGCUGAGCAGGAGAGCCUCAAGCGCUCCAAGGAGCUCAACUUGGUGCUGGAUGAGAUCAAGAGGGCCGUGUCGGAAAGGCAGGCGCUGCGAGACGGAGACGGCAACCGUACCUGGGGCCGCCUAACAGAGGACCCCCGAUUGAAGCCGUGGAACAGCUCACACCGGCACGUGCUGCACCUGCCCACCGUCUUCCACCACCUGCCACACCUGCUGGCCAAGGAGAGCAGUCUGCAGCCCGCGGUGCGCGUGGGCCAGGGCCGCACGGGAGUGUCGGUGGUGAUGGGCAUCCCGAGCGUGCGGCGCGAGGUGCACUCGUACCUGACUGACACUCUGCACUCGCUCAUCUCCGAGCUGAGCCCGCAGGAGAAGGAGGACUCGGUCAUCGUGGUGCUGAUCGCUGAGACUGACUCACAGUACACUUCGGCAGUGACAGAGAACAUCAAGGCCUUGUUCCCCACGGAGAUCCAUUCUGGGCUCCUGGAGGUCAUCUCACCCUCCCCCCACUUCUACCCUGACUUCUCCCGCCUCCGAGAGUCCUUUGGGGACCCCAAGGAGAGAGUCAGGUGGAGGACCAAACAGAACCUCGAUUACUGCUUCCUCAUGAUGUACGCGCAGUCCAAAGGCAUCUACUACGUGCAGCUGGAGGAUGACAUCGUGGCCAAGCCCAACUACCUGAGCACCAUGAAGAACUUCGCACUGCAGCAGCCUUCAGAGGACUGGAUGAUCCUGGAGUUCUCCCAGCUGGGCUUCAUUGGCAAGAUGUUCAAGUCGCUGGACCUGAGCCUGAUUGUAGAGUUCAUCCUCAUGUUCUACCGGGACAAGCCCAUUGACUGGCUCUUGGACCAUAUUCUGUGGGUGAAAGUCUGCAACCCCGAGAAGGAUGCGAAGCACUGUGACCGGCAGAAGGCCAACCUGCGGAUCCGCUUCAAGCCGUCCCUCUUCCAGCAUGUGGGCACUCACUCCUCGCUGGCUGGCAAGAUCCAGAAACUGAAGGACAAGGACUUUGGAAAGCAGGCACUGCGGAAGGAGCAUGUGAACCCGCCAGCAGAGGUGAGCACAAGCCUGAAGACAUACCAGCACUUCACCCUCGAGAAAGCCUACCUGCGCGAGGACUUCUUCUGGGCCUUCACCCCUGCCGCGGGGGACUUCAUCCGCUUCCGCUUCUUCCAACCCUUAAGACUGGAGCGGUUUUUCUUCCGCAGUGGGAACAUCGAGCACCCGGAGGACAAGCUCUUCAACACGUCUGUGGAGGUGCUGCCCUUCGACAACCCUCAGUCGGACAAGGAGGCCCUGCAGGAGGGCCGCACGGCCACCCUCCGGUACCCUCGGAGCCCCGACGGCUACCUCCAGAUUGGCUCCUUCUACAAGGGAGUGGCAGAGGGAGAGGUGGACCCAGCCUUCGGCCCUCUGGAAGCGCUGCGCCUCUCGAUCCAGACGGACUCGCCUGUGUGGGUGAUUCUGAGCGAGAUCUUCCUGAAAAAGGCUGACUAAGCUGCGGGCUUCUGAGGGUACCCUGUGGCCAGCCCUGAAGCCCACGUUUCUGGGGAUGUCGUCACUGCUGUCCCCGGAGGGCCAUAUACGGCCCCCCCACCGAAGGGUUCUGCCUGGCGCCGGACUUGGGCCAGCCUGGGGUCCGCCGCUGGCCCGGAGGCCCUAGAAGCUGGUGCUGCCCCCGCCCGCCGGGCCGCGGAGGAGGCAGGCGGCCCCCACACUGUGCCUGAGGCCCGGAACCGUUCGCACCCGGCCUGCCCCAGUCAGGCCGUUUUAGAAGAGCUUUUUCUUGGGCGCCCGCUGUCUCUGGCGCGAACACUGGAAUGCAUAUACUACUUUAUGUGCUGUGUUUUUUAUUCUUGGAUACAUUUGAUUUUUUCACGUAAGUCCACAUAUACUUCUAUAAGAGCGUGACUUGUAAUAAAGGGUUAAUGAAG